AUGCUUCAGGAUUUUGGGAUCUGGGAACGUGGUGACAAGACUAAUCAAGGAAUAAGAGAGCUUAAUGCAAGUUCAAUUGGAAUGGUGAAAGCUGCUCUGCAGGCUAUGAAUGAUGUGGGCGACCUGUUUGGGGAUGGAUCUCGAAGGUCAGCUAUACAUGUUUUACCAGACGAGAUUGAGCAAUGCUCUGCUGUGCUGAGCAGCAUGCUUCCAAGGGAGUCAUUCAGUAAGGAAACGGACGCAGCACUGUUAACAAUAAUCUCAUAUCCUGGUUUCUCUGUAGAGGAUGCUGAGUUGGUGGAACAGACACGUGACACUAUUACAACGCAGUUGCUAGGAAAGUAUGGUUGCAGAAGAUUCCUCCGCGAUGGUUAUAAAACGGCUCUCGAAGAUCCUUACCGACUGUACUAUAACAAGUCAGAAUUGCAACAGUUUGAGAAUAUUGAAUGUGAAUGGCCUCUAUUUCUUUGUCUUCUAAUGUUAGAUGCCAUGUACAACAAAAACGAUGAAGCCGUUGAAGACUACUGGCAACGCUUGGAGAGUGUAAGAUCAAAUCAGUUAAAUUUAUGA